AUGUCUGGUGCUUCGAAGAACUUUUACGCCUCGAUGGUUUUGAAGUCAAACUACCCCGAUGCGCAACCGCUGACGUCGACGGGGGUGCCGCUGAAGAAGGGCCAACAGCCGUAUCGCAGCUCACACUACAGCAGCGCAACGGCAAACCCCAGCGCCUUCCCUGUGCUGACUCAGCCUCUCGCUCUGCCCGUGGGGUUGCAGAGCCCGCAGACACUGCCGGCGAACGUGCUCCGUCCGACAGUGCUCAUUCCGACGGCCAGCCACGAAUCUUCUGACUCUUCGAAGCACUCAGCGAAGAUGUACACCCAUAACCCCUACGCCUCUACCUGCACCACCCCGUCUACGUACCUCUCGCAGAGCACCAGUAUGGAGAGCGGCACCUUCGCUUCGCCCUACGCGACCGUGACGGCGCCUCGCACCAGUGCCAUAACGCUGCCGCACUCCAGCGGCGCCAGCACCUUUCCGGUGUACGCCGCGUCGGAGGGCAGCUGUGGUGAGGCCGGCGCGCUGGCGAACAUGCUGGAAGACCAGUUCCUCAGUAUCCUUGGGAACAUUCCCUCGACGGCGAUGUCGUCCCGCGGCCGCCACAUUCUCCUCAACGUCCUCCGGCUGCAGCACAUUGAUAAGAUUCAGAUGAUUUACGAUGAACUUGUUCCGCAGUUCAACACUGUUGCGAUGGACCAGCACGGUUGUCACGUCGCGCGCACGCUCAUCGAAUACAUCUCAACCCCGCAGAUGGAGGCGCUGGUGCCGUACAUAGACCCGAAAGUCAUUCGGCAGAUGGCCACCACCACACAGCACACCCGCCGCGUUCUGCAGGCGGUCUUCGAGCACCACAAGUCCGAUGCGCUUAUGCCCAUCGUUGAGGUGGUGACGUCGGACUGCCAGCUUCUAUCGGUCACGCAGCAGGGCUGCAUAGCGAUCAUUCGUAUCAUCGAGUACGCGAAGCCGGCCCAGAAGCGGACGCUCAUUAGCGCCCUCGUGCCGCUCCUCUCCACGUUGGCCAAGAAUCAGUUUGGUAACUACGUGGUGCAGUGCAUUCUCAAGAACAUAGAGGGCUACGUCUCGCUGAACGACUUGGUUGGCAGCUUCCAGGGCCACUGGGUGGAGCUGUCGUGUGAUAAGUACAGCUCCAACGUGAUGGAGAAGAUUGUGGGAAUGCUCAAGGGAACUUUGCGCCAGCGCAUUGUGAACGAGCUCAUCUUUGACGUGACACACCUCCAGUGCCUCAUGCAGAACAGCUUCGGCAAUUACGUCCUGCAGGCGAUGAUUGGCAGCGCGGUGAACCAGUACGAGUAUGGGCUGAUUUACGACGCCGUCACGCCACUUUUGCACACAAGUCCGUAUGGGCACCGGAUCGAGGCGAAGCUGAAGGGUCGCUAUGAUGCCCUGUACAGCAAGCCGGUCCCGGCAAUCGCUACCCCAGUCGAUGCUACGUCCAAGUAG